UUAACGGUGCGACAGGAUUAUUACGAUGCACAUCGAAGGCAAUUGAGUUAACGUAUCAAUAGGCACAGCGACCAACAAGCGUAUUCCAGCAGUAAUGUAAAAAUGGCGAGACUGCUUCACAACUUGCUGUUGUUGACAGUCGGACUGACGCUGAAGAUCAGAGUUAUGGGAUACUGGUCUCUCAUAUAUGGAUAUUGCGCGCUGUGCACGGGCGUAGCGCUGCUCAAACUUGGCUGGAAUAUCAUCCUACGACCGUCAACAACCUUUCAGUGGACGGUUCGUGAGACACCCCCCGCGUGCCUGAAUGACACGUCCUUGGGUACACACUGUUAUGUUAGGAUCAAGGAGUCUGGACUCAGAUUUCACUAUGUUGCUGCAGGAGAACGAGGAAAGCCACUUAUGCUGUUUUUGCAUGGAUUCCCUGAGUUUUGGUUCUCCUGGCGUCACCAGCUGAGAGAAUUUAAGAGUGAAUUCCGUGUUGUUGCUGUAGACAUGCGAGGCUACGGGGAGUCUGACCUGCCCUCCUCCACCGAGAGCUACCAACUGGACUACCUUGUCACUGACAUCAAGGACAUUGUGGAGUAUCUUGGAUACAACAGAUGUUUGCUCGUGGGGCAUGACUGGGGUGGCAUCAUUGCAUGGCUCUGUGCAAUUCACUACCCUGAAAUGGUGACAAAACUCAUAGUGCUGAACAGCCCUCACCCCUGUGUGUUCACUGAUUAUGCCCUUUGUCACCCAAGUCAGAUGCUCAAGUCAUGUUACUACUUUUUCUUCCAAUUGCCUCAUUACCCAGAGUUUAUGCUGUCCAUCAAUGACUUCAAGGCCCUGAAGAGUUUAUUUACCAGCCGCAGCACAGGCAUCAGCUGUAAGGGCCGCUGGCUCACCACAGAAGACCUUGAAGCCUACCUGUAUGCCCUCUCCCAGCCAGGGGCCCUCACUGGGGCCCUCAACUACUUCAGAAAUGUCUUCAGUGUCCUCCCACUGAGUCACUGUGAGGUGAGGUCUCCUGUCUUGCUACUGUGGGGAGAGAGAGAUGCUUUUCUGGAGCAGGACAUGGCCGAGGCCUGUCGUCUGUACAUCAGAAACCAUUUCCGCCUAAACAUCAUCUCUGGAGCCAGUCACUGGCUGCAGCAAGACCAGCCUGACAUUGUCAAUACACUCAUAUGGACUUUCAUCAAGGAGGGAGAGGGCCGGAAACACUACAGGAACUUAUAAUGAGGUCCUUCUCCCUCUGGCCUUGUCUGUCGAGGCACGAGGAGACCAGGGAUGAUGCCUGUGAAAACAAACCAAUGUAAUGAUUAAUGCAAUCACCAUUUUAAAUUUGAUACAUCUAAAGUAUAGAAACAAAUGAAACUUCAAUGAAGCGGAAAAGAACAAAAGCACAUUUUAAUUGGAGAGUUUGCUUAGAGGGUUGAGUGUUUGAUCUGUUUUUCUCAAGUUUGCACAUGACAUUCGCCUUAAAGUUUAAUGGUGACAAUAUUUUAAAAUGUGUUGCACAAUCUCUGUAAGUUGUAUUGUGUGGUGCCUUUUGACAGCAUUUUGCAACGUAAAGAUGUGCCAUGUCUUUUGAGACUGAACUGUGGGGUUAUCAGACAUUUAUAUCAUCAGAUUUGCUACUCUCUACUCUAAACACAAUGUUAAAAUAUGGGUAGUGAUGUCUUGUUAAAAUAUUGUUCCUGGUGUUUUGUUUUUUUUUGUAAUUUUUGACAAUACUUUGCUUAAACAGUUGAGAAUGCCAUUAUAUUUUGAUCCUCUUGUAUGACAAAACAAAGUGAUGUGUCAAUAUCGUACUUAUUUUGUAUCUCUUCCUAAAUGCUGCAUCUAAAAAAAGUAGAAACCAGCUCUGCACCAUUUUGUAAGCAAAUAAAUAAUAACAGGAACUCACUUACCUGAUCUCGUAUUUUUAUUAAAAAAAUUACAGUGAAAAGUUACUUUAGAUAGACUCUUGACUGGACCUUAAGGAGAGGUACAGACAUUAAUUAUGAUUUUGGAAGGAUUUGUCCAUUUUUAAACUUUAACUACCAACCUUUCAAAAAACAUCCAGAUCAAUAGCCAACAUAACUUGUUAGAUUUCACAGAUUCUUGAGAUAAGGGACAAAAUAUGUCUACAUAAAAUAAUCCACUUUUAUGUUAGAAAUCAAGAAAAUCAUAAUAACAACUGGAGAAGUUAAAUCGAAAAGAAAUGUGUAUAUGUAUAACUUAUAUUUGUAAUUUCAUUAGAAUUUGUUUUAAAUGCAUGCUCUAUACUUGGAAGCACAUUUAACCUGUCUUCAGCAAGAGGUCACAAUGUUAAACUGCCAAACAAAGUGUUUAAAAAUGCAACACGUUUAUAAAUCUAAAUAUCAAAUGUAGGGUAUGAUCUGUAAGAUAUCAAACAAUUCCAAAAGUAUAAACUUUAAAUGUAAUUUUCCAUUAAAAACUGUCUAUUCAAAGUUGUGUCCUCACUUUGCAUUAAAUCUUUUUAUAAUGAUAACUUUUAUAGAAUCCUGAAUAAAUCAGACAAUGUCAUGGUCAGCUAUAACCCUGAGUACCCCUUUCACACUUCCUGUUCAUGGUGGAUGCAACAGUAGGACACGUGGACUGAGUUCGGAAUUGCAUGCUACCAUACUACUUUUACAAUUUCUGACAUGAUAGACUAAUAUGGCUGAAGUAGUAGUAUAUAUAGUAAUAUGAAUAGAAAGUCAUUCUGAACUCAGCCAUGGUCUGGUUGUUAAUUUUUUUUUUUAUAUUUAAAAAAACAAUGUUGAAGUCUCUGCAGUUGCAGCUAACAUGUCAACACCAUCAACCCAUUGUGAUCAUUUCUGUUAAGAAUUGUAAAAUAAUUUUGGCAUUUGAGUUAGGUUAUAGAGGCAGCUUUAACUGAGAAAAAGAAAGAUAAAAAAUUUCAGUAAGAUGAAUAAAUGUCAAUUUUCAGAAAAAGCAUUUUAAUAAAAACCUGUUCCUGUAUAUGGUUCAUUGCUGA